AUGAAUCCUCAGUGCUUACGAGCUCUGCCACGAGCGUACCCCAGCGCAUCGGCUGCGUUGCGCCAUCCAACCCGCCCCGAGCUCACUCGACUCUACGCCACACAGACCGGCCCACGGCCGAAGCGGAGAAAUAUCACAGUCCUCUCAGACGAUGGGCGAUACGAGUGGGGUGAGCUAAGUGGGCGGGAGAAGGUUUCGCGGGCGACACAGCAAUCGUUCAAUUUCGUGGUUGUGUUGGCUGGCGCCGUCCUCACGGGCGGUGUUUUCUACCUCCUUUACACAGACGUUAUUUCGCCGAAUAGCCGGACGUGGCAGUACGAGAAGGCCGUUGAGCGCGUCAAGGAAGAUGCGCGGUGCAUACAGCUUCUGGGUGAUCGGAGGGAGAUCAGGGCGUUUGGAGAGACUACGAAUAGUCGCUGGGCUCGGAAUCGACCUAUCGCAUCCACUAUUGAGAAAGACCGACUAGGUCGUGAGCAUCUUCGGAUGAAUUUCCACGUCGAGGGUCCACUCAACUCCGGCGUUGUCUUCUUGCACAUGAUCAAGCCUUUGGAUAAGAAUGAGUGGGAGUACCAGCUCCUUGCUCUGGAUGUGAAGGGUCAUUCCCGAAUCAUCCUGGAGAAGGCUGUUGAGAAACCUAGUGUGGCUAGCUCGCUGAAGCUCUUCGGUAUUCAGUGGCGCUGA